UAUUAUACUGUAGUUAGACAUCCAUAGUGAAAAUAUAACACUCAAUACGCGGAGCGAUAUCACAUCUUUUCUGGUCUCAAACCCAGAGCAGCAGCAGCAGCGCGAGCGCGGCGGAUACAGAGCGACAGUUUCCUGUUCAAGGUGCUGGUGUACAUGAGACCACACUGAGAUCUGUGCAGACUGCUGUCUGCCCCCUUUCCCCACAGCAGCCCAGUCUGUCCCAGCUGCCACCAUGGCUUUUGUGCCCGCGCCCAGCCCCACUGUGGUCGACCAGACUACACUUAUGAAGAAGUACCUGCAGUUUGUGGCAGCACUCACAGACACUAACACACCUGAUGAAACUAAGCUGAAGAUGAUGCAGGAGGUCAGCGAGAACUUUGAGAAUGUGACAUCUUCGCCUCAGUACUCCACCUUCUUGGAACACAUCAUCCCCCGCUUCCUCACGUUUCUUCAGGAUGGAGAGGUGCAAUUCCUUCAAGAAAAACCUACACAGCAACUGCGGAAGCUGGUGCUGGAAAUCAUCCACCGCAUUCCAACAAAUGAACACCUUCGUCCACACACCAAGAACGUCCUGUCUGUGAUGUUUCGCUUCCUGGAGAUUGAAAGUGAGGAAAAUGUGCUAAUAUGCCUUCGCAUCAUUAUUGAGCUGCACAAACAGUUCCGGCCUCCAAUCUCUCAGGAGAUUCAUCACUUUCUGGACUUUGUGAAGCAGAUUUACAAAGAUCUUCCGAAAGUUGUUGCCAGGUACUUUGAGAACCCGCAGGUGAUAGCAGAGAACACGGUUCCCUCCCCAGAAAUGGUAGGGAUGAUCACAUCGGUGUUGGUUAAGACUGCACCUGAGAGGGAAGACAGCGAAACACGAACACACACCAUCAUCCCACGGGGGUCCUUGUCUCUCAAGGUGCUGGCAGAGCUACCUAUCAUCGUGGUGCUGAUGUAUCAGCUAUAUAAGCUGAACAUUCACAAUGUGGUGUCAGAGUUUGUGCCCCUCAUCAUGAACACCAUCAUGCUCCAGGUGUCUCCGCAGGCCAGGCAACACAAGCUUUAUAACAAGGAGUUGUAUGCAGACUUUAUCGCUGCGCAGAUCAAGACUCUGUCAUUUCUAGCCUACAUCAUCCGAAUCUACCAGGACCUGGUAGGGAAGUACUCUCAGCAGAUGGUAAAGGGCAUGCUGCAGCUGCUGUCCAACUGCCCCUCUGAGACUGCUCACCUCCGCAAGGAACUGCUCAUUGCAGCCAAGCACAUCCUCACAACUGACCUACGUAGCCAGUUUAUACCUUGUAUGGACAAACUUUUUGAUGAAUCCAUCCUGAUUGGAUCUGGUUACACCGCUCGGGAGACUCUUAGACCCUUGGCCUACAGCACACUAGCAGACCUGGUGCACCAUGUUCGUCAGAACUUGCCCCUGACUGAUUUAUCCCUAGCCGUGCAGCUCUUUGCCAAGAACAUUGAUGACGAGUCACUUCCCAGUAACAUCCAGACCAUGUCCUGCAAGCUGCUGCUCAACCUGGUAGACUGCAUCCGCUCAAAGUCAGAGCAGGAGAACGGCAAUGGGCGGGACAUCCUGAUGAGGAUGCUGGAGGUGUUUGUGCUGAAGUUUCACACCAUUGCACGCUACCAGCUUGUCUCCAUCUUCAAGAAGUGCAAGCCCCAGUCAGAGAUGGGUGUGGUCGACCCAGGGGUGUUACCCGGGGUACCAGCAACACCCACUCCAUCCACCACCCCUGCCAUUCCACCUCCCGCUCCUCCCACGCCCGUUACUCCGGCGCCUCCACCCCCAGCAACGCCCUUUGACCGACCUGGUGAAAAGGAAGACAAGCAGACGUUUCAGGUGUCUGACUGCCGCAGCUUAGUUAAGACACUGGUGUGCGGAGUGAAGACAAUUACUUGGGGCAUCACUUCUUGCAAGGCCCCAGGAGAGGCUCAAUUCAUUCCUAACAAGCAGCUUCAGCCAAAGGAGACACAAAUCUACAUAAAGCUGGUAAAAUACGCCAUGCAGGCCUUGGACAUCUACCAGGUACAGGUUGCCAAUAACCAGCAGACAUACAUCAGGGUGGCCAACUGCCAGACUGUACGCAUGAAGGAGGAGAAAGAGGUUCUGGAGCACUUUGCUGGGGUCUUCACCAUGAUGAACCCUCUCACAUUCAAGGAGAUUUUUCAGACAACUGUGCCAUACAUGGUGGAGAGGAUCUCCAAGAACUACGCACUGCAGAUUGUGGCAAAUUCUUUCCUGGCCAAUCUGUCAACGUCUGCUCUAUUUGCCACCAUCCUAGUGGAGUAUCUUCUUGAGAGACUGCCAGAGAUGGGCUCCAAUGUUGAGCUCUCAAACCUUUACCUCAAGCUCUUCAAACUAGUCUUUGGCUCAGUGUCACUAUUUGCUGCUGAGAAUGAGCAGAUGCUCAAGCCACACCUCCACAAGAUAGUGAACAGCUCCAUGGAGCUGGCUCAAUCAGCUAAGGAACCCUACAACUACUUCCUGCUUCUCCGGGCUCUCUUCCGCUCCAUUGGUGGAGGCAGCCAUGACCUGCUCUACCAGGAGUUCCUACCCCUUCUACCUAACCUGCUGCAAGGCCUGAACAUGCUGCAGAGUGGCCUUCACAAGCAGCACAUGAAGGAUCUAUUUGUGGAGUUGUGUUUGACAGUGCCAGUGCGUCUGAGCUCCUUGCUGCCCUACCUACCCAUGCUAAUGGAUCCCCUGGUGUCUGCCCUCAAUGGCUCUCAGACUCUGGUCAGCCAGGGCCUUCGCACCUUGGAGCUGUGUGUGGACAACCUACAGCCUGACUUCCUCUACGACCACAUUCAGCCUGUCAGGGCGGAGCUCAUGCAGGCCUUGUGGCGUACCCUCCGUAACCCAGCUGAGAGCAUCUCUCAUGUAGCCUACCGGGUGUUGGGAAAGUUUGGUGGCAGCAACAGGAAGAUGCUGAAGGAGUCUCAGAGGCUGCAUUAUGUGGUGACUGAGGUCCAGGGACCUAGCAUCAAGGCCGAAUUCACUGACUGCAAGGCGUCCAUACAGCUACCCAUGGAGAAGGCGAUCGAGACAGCUCUAGACUGUCUGAAGAGUGCCAACACAGAGCCCUACUACAGACGACAGGCCUGGGAGGUCAUUAAGUGUUUCCUGGUGGCCAUGACCAGUCUGGAUGACAACAAGCACGCUCUCUACCAGCUUCUGUCUCAUCCCAACUUUACUGAGAAGUGGAUCCCCAAUGUCAUCAUCUCUCACCGCUACAAAGCACAAGACACGCCUGCCCGCAGAACAUUUGAACAGGCCCUGACUGGGGCAUUCAUGUCUGCUGUGAUAAAGGACCUGAGGCCCAGCGCGCUGCCCUUUGUAGCCAGCCUGAUUCGCCAUUAUACCAUGGUCGCUGUGGCUCAGCAGUGUGGCCCGUUCCUGCUGCCGUGCUACCAGCUGGGCAGCCAGCCAAGCACAGCCAUGUUCCACAGUGAGGAGAACGGCUCAAAGGGCAUGGAUCCGCUGGUUCUGAUUGAUGCCAUAGCUAUCUGCAUGGCCUACGAGGAAAAGGAGCUGUGUAAGAUUGGCGAAGUGGCCCUGGCCGUCAUCUUCGACGUGGCCAGCAUCAUCCUUGGCUCCAAGGAGAGGGCAUGCCAGCUGCCCUUGUUCUCCUACAUUGUGGAGCGUCUAUGCGCCUGCUGCUAUGAGCAGGCCUGGUAUGCCAAGCUUGGUGGUGUGGUGUCCAUCAAGUUCCUAAUGGAGAGACUGCCUCUGAUCUGGGUGCUACAGAACCAGCUCACCUUUCUCAAGGCCCUACUCUUUGUCAUGAUGGACCUCACAGGAGAGGUAUCAAAUGGAGCAGUAGCCAUGGCUAAGACCACCCUGGAGCAGUUGCUUGUGCGCUGUGCCACUCCACUGAAAGAUGAAGAAAAGACUGAGGAGCUGCUGGCUGCCCAGGACAAGUCUUUCCACAUGGUCACGCAUGACCUGGUCCGAGAGGUCACCUCCCCCAACUCAACCGUCAGAAAGCAGGCCAUGCACUCCCUGCAGGUGCUUGCCCAGGUCACCGGCAAGAGUGUUACCGUCAUCAUGGAGCCACACAAAGAGGUGUUGCAAGAUAUGGUUCCGCCCAAGAAACACCUGCUUCGCCACCAGCCUGCCAACGCCCAGAUUGGCCUGAUGGAGGGCAACACCUUCUGCACCACCCUGCAGCCCCGCCUCUUCACAAUGGACCUCAAUGUCAUGGAGCACAAGGUCUUCUACACAGAGCUGUUGAACCUGUGCGAGGCAGAGGAUGCUUCUCUGAUGAAGUUGCCCUGUUACAAGAGCCUCCCGUCCCUGGUUCCCCUCCGCAUUGCUGCUCUCAAUGCCCUGGCAGCCUGUAAUUACUUGCCACAGUCCAGAGAGAAGAUUAUUGCUGCCCUGUUUAAAGCCCUCAACUCCACCAACAAUGAACUGCAGGAAGCGGGCGAGGCAUGUAUGCGGAAGUUCCUGGAAGGUGCAACCAUUGAGGUGGACCAGAUCCACACUCACAUGCGUCCUCUACUGAUGAUGCUGGGUGACUACCGCAGCCUGACGCUCAAUGUGGUGAACCGCCUAACCUCUGUCACACGUCUUUUCCCCAACUCCUUCAAUGACAAGUUCUGUGAUCAGAUGAUGCAACACUUGAGGAAGUGGAUGGAGGUGGUUGUAAUAACACACAAGGGAGGCCAGCGCAGUGAUGGCAGUCCUGCGUUGGAGGGUGUUGAGGAGAUGAAGAUCUGUUCUGCCAUCAUUAACCUUUUCCACCUGAUCCCAGCUGCACCUCAGACUCUGGUCAAACCUCUGCUGGAGGUGGUCAUGAAGACAGAGAGGGCCAUGCUCAUAGAGGCCGGCAGUCCAUUCAGGGAGCCUUUGAUCAAGUUCCUGACACGUCACCCAUCUCAGACAGUGGAGCUGUUCAUGAUGGAGGCUACGCUAAAUGACCCCCAGUGGAGCCGCAUGUUCAUGAGUUUUCUGAAACACAAAGAUGCCAAGCCGCUAAGAGACGUGCUGGCCUCUAAUCCCAACCGCUUCGUCCCCCUGCUGGUUCCCGCUGGCACUGCAGCAACUGUUCGACCUGGAUCUCCCUCCACCACCACAGCCAGAUUGGACCUACAGUUUCAGGCUAUCAAGAUCAUAAGCAUCAUAGUGAAGAAUGAUGAGGGUUGGUUGGCAGGGCAGCACUCCCUGGUCAGCCAGCUGAGGCGAGUCUGGGUCAGUGAGGCCUUCCAGGAGAGACAUCGCAAAGACAACAUGGCUGCCACUAACUGGAAGGAGCCCAAGCUGCUGGCCUUCUGCCUGCUUAGCUACUGCAAGCGUAACUACUCAGAGAUCGAGCUGCUGUUCCAGCUGCUGCGGGCCUUUACAGGUCGCUUCUUAUGCAACAUGACCUUCCUGAAGGAGUAUAUGGAGGAGGAGAUUCCCAGGAACUACUCCAUUGCCCAGAAACGGGCCCUGUUCUUCCGCUUUGUUGAGUUCAAUGACCCGCACUUCAACGAUGAGCUUAAAGCUAAGGUGCUGCAGCACAUCCUGAAUCCAGCCUUCCUGUACAGCUUUGAGAAGGGGGAAGGUGAGCAGCUGCUUGGACCGCCCAACCCUGAAGGAGACAAUCCUGAAAGCAUUACCAGUGUCUUCAUCACUAAGGUUCUGGACCCAGAGAAGCAGGCUGACCUGCUGGACUCAUUGCGAAUCUGCCUGCUGCAGUUCUCCACCCUGCUGGUGGAGCACGCACCCCACCACAUUCAUGACAACAACAAGUCACGCAACAGCAAACUGCGUCGCCUCAUGACCUUCGCCUGGCCAUGCCUACUGCCCAAAGCCUGUGUGGACCCUGCCUGUAAAUACAGUGGUCACUUACUUCUGGCCCACAUCAUUGCAAAGUUUGCCAUUCACAAGAAGAUUGUCCUGCAGGUCUUCCACAGCCUGCUGAAGGCCCACACCAUGGAAGCCCGGGCCAUCGUACGGCAGGCCAUGGCCAUCUUGACCCCAGCUGUGCCUGCCCGCAUGGAGGACGGCCACCAGAUGUUGACCCACUGGACUCGCAAAAUCAUUGUGGAGGAGGGACACACGGUACCGCAGCUGGUCCACAUACUGCAUCUCAUUGUGCAGCACUUCAGGGUGUACUACCCUGUGCGCCACCACCUGGUGCAGCACAUGAUCAGUGCAAUGCAGCGCCUGGGCUUCACCCCUAGUGUGACCAUAGAGCAAAGGAAACUGGCUGUGGACCUGGCUGAGGUGGUCAUCAAAUGGGAGUUACAGAGGAUCAAAGACCAGCAGCCGGAGUCCGAGGCUGAAGUAGGGGCUGCCGGUGAAGGGACUAGCGCGGGUGCUGUGAAAAGAGGACUGUCUCUGGAAGCUGCUGCUGCUGGACAAGACGUCAAGAGGUUCCGCACAGCAAGCGGAGCGGCCUCCACGGUGUUUGGCCGUAGCCAGUCCAUGCCAGGUACAGAGACCAUGCUCACCAAGCCUGUCGAGAAACAACAUACGGACACAGUGGUCAACUUCCUCAUCAGGAUUGCAUGCCAGGUGAACGACAGCACCAAUGUGGCUGGGUCUCCGGGGGAGCUGCUGUCACGUCGCUGUGUCAGCCUGAUGAAGUCUGCCCUCAGGCCUGACAUGUGGCCUCGCGCCGAGCUCAAGCUACAGUGGUUUGACAAGCUGCUUAUGACAGUGGAGCAGCCAGCACAGGCUAACAUCUCCAACAUCUGCACUGGACUGGAGAUUCUCUGUUUCCUUCUGACAGUUCUGCAGUCCCCAGCCAUCCUGGCCCAUUUUAAACCCCUCCAGCGGGGCAUCGCUGCAUGCAUGACCUGCGGCAACACCAAAGUCCUGCGGGCUGUCCACUCCCUCCUUUCUCGCCUCAUGAGCAUCUUCCCCACUGAGCCUAGCACAUCAACAGUGGCAUCUAAGUAUGAGGAAUUGGAGUGUCUGUAUGCUGCUGUGGGCAAGGUCAUCUAUGAGGGACUUACCAACUACGAAAAAGCCACAAGCAACACUAAUCCCACACAGCUCUUCGGAACACUGAUGAUCCUGAAGUCAGCCUGUAGUUACAAUGCCAGCUACAUCGACCGCCUCAUCUCGGUGUUCAUGCGCUCACUACAGAAGAUGGUGCGGGAACACCUGAGCCCCCAGCAGGCCAACCCAGGGGUCACCGAAACCAGCACGGUGACCAGUGAGCUGGUAAUGCUGAGUCUUGACCUGGUGAAGACUCGACUGUCUGUCAUGAGCAUGGAAAUGAGGAAGAACUUCAUCCAGGUCAUCCUCACUUCUCUGAUUGAGAAGUCACCUGACCCCAAAAUCCUCCGUGCUGUCGUCAAAAUUGUUGAAGAGUGGGUGAAAAACAAUUCUCCCAUGGCCGCUAAUCAGAUGCCCAACCUACGUGAGAAGUCCAUCUUGCUGGUGAAGAUGAUGACCUACAUAGAGAAGCGUUUUCCCGAUGAACUUGAGUUAAACGCCCAGUUCUUGGACCUCGUUAAUUACGUCUACAGGGAUGAGAGCCUCUCAGGAAGUGACAUCACAUCCAAGUUGGAGCCAGCCUUCCUCUCGGGGCUUCGCUGCACUCAGCCACUGAUCAGAGCCAAGUUCUUUGAGGUGUUUGACGCCUCCAUGAAGCGGCGUGUCUAUGAGAGGCUGCUCUACAUCUGCUGCUCUCAGAACUGGGAGGCCAUGGGCAGCCACUUCUGGAUCAAACAGUGCAUAGAGCUGCUACUGGCAGUGUGCGAACGAAACACCAUCAUCGGCACCAGCUGCCAGGGAUCCAUGCUGCCGUCUAUCACUAACGUCAUCAACCUGGCUGACAGCCAUGACCGCGCUGCCUUCGCCAUGGCAACGCAUGUCAAGCAGGAGCCCCGUGAGAGAGAGAACAGCGAGACCAAGGAGGAGGAUGUGGAGAUAGACAUAGAGUUAGCACCAGGUGACCAGACAGCCAUCCCCAAGAGUAAGGAGCAGGCUGAGAGAGAUGCAGGCAACCAACUGCACAUGCUUACAAACCGCCAUGACAAGUUUCUGGACUCACUACGGGAGGUGAAGACGGGGGCACUUCUGAAUGCUCUGGUCCAGCUUUGUCACAUCUCCACACCGCUGGCUGAAAGGACCUGGGUUCAGCUCUUCCCUCGCCUCUGGAAGAUCCUCUCCGACAGGCAGCAGCAUGCUUUGUCAGGAGAAAUGAGUCCUUUCCUGUGCAGUGGCAGCCACCAGGCCCAAAGGGACUGCCAGCCCAGUGCCCUAAACUGCUUUGUGGAGGCCAUGUCCCAGUGUGUGCCUCCUAUUCCAAUCCGCCCUUGUGUACUGAAGUACUUGGGCAAGACACACAACCUCUGGCUACGCUCCACUCUAAUGCUAGAGCAGCAGGCCUUUGAAAAGGGCCUCAGCCUGCACAGCAAACCCAAGCAGAGCACAGAGUUCUACGAGCAGGAGAGCAUCACACCACCCCAGCAGGAGAUUUUGGACUCCCUGGCAGAGCUCUACUCUCUGCUCCAAGAGGAGGACAUGUGGGCCGGCCUGUGGCAGAAGAGGUGCAAGUUUCCUGAGACUGCCACAGCCAUUGCCUACGAGCAGCAUGGUUUCUUUGAACAGGCUCAAGAAAGCUACGAGAAAGCAAUGGAGAAGGCUAGAAAAGAGCACGAGAGGAGCAACGUCUCCUCGGCCAUCUUCCCUGAGUACCAGCUCUGGGAGGACCACUGGAUACGCUGUUCUAAAGAACUGAACCAGUGGGAACCGUUGACAGAAUACGGCCAAUCUAAAGGCCACUCAAACCCCUAUCUCAUGCUUGAGUGUGCUUGGAGGGUUUCCAAUUGGGCUGCUAUGAAGGAAGCUCUGGUACAGGUGGAGCUGAGCUGUCCUAAGGAGAUGGCGUGGAAGGUGAACAUGCACCGUGGCUACCUGGCCAUCUGCCACCCAGAGGAGCAGCAGCUCAACUUCAUAGAGCGGCUGGUGGAGAUGGCCUCCAGCCUGGCCAUCCGCGAGUGGAGGAGGCUGCCUCACAUCGUUUCCCAUGUGCACACGCCGCUGCUGCAGGCAGCACAACAGAUCAUUGAGCUGCAAGAAGCUGCCCAAAUUAAUGCUGGGCUUCAGCCAGCUAACCUGGGCCGCAACACCAGCCUCCACGACAUGAAGACUGUGGUGAAAACUUGGAGGAACCGACUGCCCAUUGUUUCUGAUGACCUGUCCCACUGGAGCAGCAUCUUCAUGUGGCGCCAGCACCACUACCAAGCUAUAGUGACAGCGUAUGAGACGAACACGCAGCAUGAUCCAAACAACAACAACGCCAUGUUGGGAGUUCAUGCCUCGGCUUCUGCUAUUAUUCAGUAUGGCAAGAUAGGACGCAAACAGGGUUUGGUGAACGUAGCUCUGGACAUCCUGAGUCGUAUCCAUACCAUCCCCACAGUGCCCAUUGUUGACUGCUUUCAGAAGAUCAGACAGCAGGUCAAAUGUUAUUUGCAGCUGGCUGGCGUCAUGGGCAAGAAUGAGUGCAUGCAGGGUUUGGAGGUGAUAGAGUCGACCAACCUGAAGUACUUCACCAAGGAGAUGACUGCUGAGUUCUAUGCUUUAAAGGGCAUGUUCCUGGCUCAAAUCAACAAGUCAGAAGAGGCCAAUAAGGCCUUUUCAGCAGCAGUACAGAUGCAUGAUGUCCUGGUGAAGGCCUGGGCCAUGUGGGGCGACUACCUGGAAAACAUCUUCGUCAAGGACCGCCAGCUCCACUUGGGAGUCUCCGCCAUUACCUGCUACCUCCAUGCAUGCCGCCACCAAAACGAGAGCAAGUCCCGCAAAUACCUAGCAAAGGUGUUGUGGCUACUCAGCUUCGAUGACAAGAACACCCUGGCAGAUGCUGUGGACAAGUACUGCAUAGGAGUACCGCCCAUCCAGUGGUUGGCAUGGAUACCGCAGCUCCUGACCUGCCUGGUUGGUUCAGAAGGCAAACCUCUGCUCAACCUAAUCAGCCAGGUGGGACGAGUGUACCCCCAGGCUGUCUACUUCCCUAUCCGCACCCUUUACCUGACACUCAAGAUCGAACAGAGGGAGCGUUACAAAAGUGAUGCAUCUGGACAGCAGCAGCCCAGUUCAGUGGGGGCCCAGCCUCACUCAGGGGCCUCCGACCCGGGGCCUAUCCGGGCCACUGCCCCAAUGUGGCGCUGCAGUCGGAUCAUGCACAUGCAGCGGGAGCUACACCCUACCCUGCUCUCCUCCCUGGAGGGCAUCGUGGACCAGAUGGUGUGGUUCAGGGAGAACUGGCAUGAAGAGGUCUUGAGGCAGCUCCAACAGGGCCUGGCUAAAUGCUACUCAGUGGCCUUUGAGAAGAGUGGUGCAGUGUCUGACGCCAAGAUCACACCGCACACACUGAACUUUGUCAAGAAGCUGGUUAGCACCUUUGGUGUUGGCUUGGAGAACGUCUCCAAUGUUUCCACCAUGUUCUCCAGCGCUGCCUCUGAGUCACUAGCCCGUCGGGCCCAGGCAACAGCCCAGGAUCCUGUUUUCCAGAAGAUGAAGGGACAGUUCACAACAGACUUUGACUUCAGUGUGCCAGGCUCCAUGAAGCUUCACAAUUUGAUCUCCAAGCUGAAGAAGUGGAUCAAAAUCCUGGAGGCAAAGACCAAGCAGCUGCCCAAGUUCUUCCUCAUUGAGGAGAAGUGUCGCUUCCUCAGUAACUUCUCUGCACAGACAGCCGAGGUGGAGAUCCCCGGGGAAUUCCUCAUGCCCAAACCGACACACUAUUACAUCAAGAUAGCAAGGUUCAUGCCCAGAGUGGAAAUUGUUCAGAAACACAAUACAGCAGCACGUCGUCUCUAUAUCCGCGGCCACAAUGGCAAGAUUUACCCUUACCUGGUGAUGAACGACGCUUGCCUGACCGAGUCACGCCGAGAGGAGAGGGUCCUGCAGCUUCUCCGCCUCCUCAACCCCUGUCUGGAGAAGAGGAAGGAGACCACCAAGAGACACCUCUUCUUCACUGUGCCCCGAGUGGUGGCAGUGUCGCCUCAGAUGCGGCUGGUAGAGGACAACCCUUCAUCUCUGUCACUGGUGGAAAUCUACAAACAACGCUGCGCCAAGAAGGGGAUCGAACAUGACAACCCCAUUUCCAGAUAUUACGAUCGUCUGGCCACUGUGCAGGCCAGAGGCACACAGGCCAGCCACCAGGUGCUGCGGGACAUCCUGAAGGAGGUACAGGGGAACAUGGUGCCUCGCAGCAUGCUGAAGGAGUGGGCUCUCCACACCUUCCCCAACGCCACGGAUUACUGGACCUUCCGGAAGAUGUUCACCAUCCAGCUGGCCCUCAUAGGCCUGGCUGAGUUCAUGCUCCACCUCAACAGGCUCAACCCCGAGAUGCUGCAGAUAGCACAGGACACAGGAAAGCUGAACGUCUCCUACUUCCGCUUCGACAUCAACGACGCCACAGGCGACUUGGACGCUAAUCGUCCCGUUCCAUUCCGCCUGACGCCAAACAUCUCCGAGUUCCUGACCACCAUCGGUGUCUCCGGUCCGCUCACUGCCUCCAUGAUUGCUGUGGCACGAUGCUUCGCACAGCCAAACUUUAAGGUGGAUGGGAUUCUGAAGGCAGUCCUUCGCGAUGAGAUCAUUGCCUGGCACAAGAAGACCCAAGAGGACACGUCCAUGCCUCUGUCCCCAGCCGGCCAACCAGAGAACAUGGACUCCCAGCAGUUAGUCUCAUUGGUCCAGAAGGCUGUCACGGCCAUCAUGACCCGCCUCCAUAACCUGGCUCAGUUCGAGGGAGGAGAGAGUAAGGUCAACACCCUGGUGGCUGCAGCAAACAGCCUGGACAAUCUGUGUCGCAUGGACCCUGCCUGGCACCCCUGGCUCUGAGAAACCAGAGAAUAAAAGAUGAUGUGACACUAUGGAGGAGAAGGAUGAGACGAGAUGCAGGGCAAGAAAAAGUGUUUUUGUUUACCUUUAUUACAUAUCUGACAAAAACGGACAAGGGUUGUAAAAUGUAUGUUGCUCAUCACUGUAACAGAAGCCUGAUGGACUCUUUCUCUUGAUCAAAGUACACUGAAAUUGUUUAAGUGGAAUCAAGUUGAAACAAAGGCCCUGUGACAAAGACAGUCACAUUGGUAGUUUGAACAGGGCUUGCCUGUAUUCUUAAUAGUUAUAUCUGGACUGAUAGAAUCUUUUUAUGAAAACACAAUUUCUCCUUCAACUUAUAUUUAUUUUUAUAUCUAAAUGACAGGGACUCUAUGUGUGAUGCCAGUUGCCCUGUCUUCAAUAUGACAAGGAGACAGUACAAAUAUUUGUGUAGGUAUCAUAAUGAGCCACUCACUCAAGCUUAUGGGAGUUUGUUUUGUUUUUUUUAUUUAAAAGAUUGGGAAAUCUUCUGUUGGUUGCUUAAGCUGUGUCUGUGUUGUAUUUCACCUGCAUUAAGAGCUUACAAUUGUUCCACUUUUUUUUUUCUAUUUUUUAAAUUUAAACCGAAAAAUGUAUAGCUUUGUUUCUAUCCCUGCUGAAUGAGGAAUUUUAUGGUCCUAUGAAUAACACAUGAUGCUCUUUCUUAUUUUCUUUUUUCUUUUUACCCACUGCCUGAACUAUAUUAACAUGUCUGACUAUUCCAAAAGCCAUUUUACUUUACAAUUGUUUUGUCUUUCCAUCAAUCCAGUUGUAAUGUAAUAAAGUAAAACUACUGGGUGAAUUAACAGUUGAAUAAUAAGCUAUUACAGCUGUAAUGCAAAUAUGUCAUUCCCGAGCUGGCUGUGUAUGCAUAUUCCUCCCCUUUUUGUAAAGGCACAAAGCCUUUUCCAAUAGAAAUAUUAUCUCUUGCCUUGUAAAUAAGCAUUUUGUUUUAAUAAAAUGCUCUUUUUUUUUUAAAUACA